AUGGCUAUGGACCCAGGUGGUCAUAAGACGGAUGAAGUACGAUCGAAAGUCUGCGAAAAAGACUUAGAAGAGAACAUCUCGAAGGGAAAGAACAGCGAACAAUUAUUCGAAGACGAAGGUAAUAUUGAUAAGUCCAUUGUAAUCAAUACAGAAGACGAUACGGGGAGUACUCGAAGCGUAGAUGCAGAAGAACAACAGGCACGAAUAUGCACAAGAAAGGGCGUACAAGUAAACUUAGAAAAUGCACGAAAAAAGACGAAAAAGUCAGGUAUGGCUGUAGAAUCUCGUAUAAAUCGUAUAGAUGAAUUACUUAGAGAACAGUGUUGUGAUAUUGUGAAGCUCACUGCUAGUAAAGAUGGUCUACAAAUGGAUAUGGAUGACUUUAAGCGAUUUAAUGAAGAGUUAUCGGAUUUGUUAUUAUUGUCUUUGAGUGAUUAUAAUUCUAACAUUGAGGAUCAAGUGUAUUUUGAGGGUAUUCGUGAGAAGUACUUAGAGUGCUGUGCUGAUGUUAAAACUAGAAUAGGUGAUUUAACACAAGAGAGAUUGGAGAUGCUUUCGCAGAAAAUUUCGAACAGUGUUAAGAGUCGAAUGUCGAGAUUAUCAAGGGCUUCAUCUGUGUCGUCUAAACAAGCCGCUGCGAAUGCUGCAGCAUUAAAGGAGAAAAUGCUCAGUCUUAAAAGGAAACAAAAUAUCGAAAGACAGCAAGAAGAGCUUAAACAUCAUCAAAGAGAACUAGAAUGGCAAGUGGAACAAGAACAAUUACAAGGUGAGAUCAAUGCUGCAGAAGUUUUACAUCAAGCACUUUUGGGAGAUACCAUGUUGCAAAGUAGUAAUACCCAACCUACAUCUAACACUUUGCAUGAAAAUACCACUGAAAUGAGUCAAUUGCCAACUAUUGCCAAGGAUAUGAACACUGGGACAUCCAGUGACAUGACAAAUGCCCUAAAUCCCACUGCACCCCUAAAUCCCACUACACCCCCAAGUCCCACUACACCCUCGAAUCCUAUUACAACCCCAAAUCCCACUACACCUUCAACUCCUACUACACCCUUAAAUCCCACUACACCCCCAA